AUGCACGUACCCGAAUUUCACCCUGUCACCACGAUUUUUGUGAUCCUUUUCGCCUUAAGCUUCUCUAUCAUCUCAAUCUCCCCAACUCUUUUGUUCCUCUGCGCCAAAGGUCGCAAAGCAAAAGAUAUUAAGAACAAAACUUUCAUCUAUCAAAGCCUAAAACAGGCUAAAGUAAUCCUGAAUGGAUCUUCAGAUGGAAAAUUCAGGCGUUUAGAGGACAUAUCGACAAUACUCAAAUCCAGAGCAGAGCCUAACAGCCGACUUAUUCGUGCCUUUGGAAUCGAUAACGCCUUCACAACCUCAGAUCCCCAACACCACAGAGACUUUGUGAACAGAGCUUCGGAUCUCUUGAACCUUAGCAACAGUCGGUGGAAAUCUCUCGCAAAACACAUCGAUACACUAGUAAAAGGAAAUGUCGAGCGCCAACGGGUCUCGUCAUUCGAUGGCCAUAGUCGCACGGUUAUUUUUUCUCAACUGCUGCAGAUUACAGUUCUACGAGCGGUUCUAUCAGUUCUUUUUCCAAACGGCGGUACACCACAGCUGUCUGAAGAGGAACAAGACUCCAUUGCCUACGAGGUUGCAGAGAAGAUUACCAGUCUGUGGAUCGAGUCUAAAAGCACAGAAAUCACAAGUAACCCCAGAGACCUCGAAUCGUUGAUGGAAGCCUGCCAGAAGCUUCUUCCGGGAAUUGAUACAAGAGUCGAAAAUCCACUCAAUUUGAUUCUUCCUGCAUUUGAGACCUUGUGGCGUAUCGUGUUACGAGGUUUCUUAGAGGUCCAGUUCCGGGAUAAGGAGAAUUUUUCUCUCAAUAAAUCACUUUUCUCAGAAUAUCUCACCUCUCCCACCUCUACUGUUUUUAUGAGAGAAGACACACGGGGAGUUUCAGUUUCUCACAUUAUCAACGAGUCACUACGACUCUAUCCACCAACCAAGAGAGUCUACCGUAAGAUUCAAACCGAAUCAACCCAACCCGAUGUUGCUAUUGACAUAGAACAAAUCCAUCGAGACCCUGAGACCUGGGGUUCUGAUGCGAAUAUCUUUCGGCCCUCAAGGUGGAGAAAAUCAGAAAUGAAUAAAACUAUCGCGGCGGCAUUUAUCCCGUUUGGGAUGAUGCCACUUAUUUGUCCCGCCAGAAAGAUUUUUGGUCCCAGGAUUAUUGGGAUAUUUUUGGCAGCUUUAUUGGGAGCAAUUAAUGAGUUUGGGGAGUUGGAUGUUGUUGGGGCGAUGGUGGAGGGAGAAGUGCUGCUGGAGAAUGGGAGAAAUAGUUAUGGGGAAAUGGGGAUGCGGUCAAGGAAAUAG